CUACAUUCUAAGAGAGAGAACCCGUUUCGCGUUUCGUUUCGUGUGUUUUUCCUGUCCGGUGUUUAAUUUUUAUUUUCUACCUCGCGUGCGACACACAUAUAGGCCACUAUAGCCGACCGAUUUCGGCGACCAAGGCAUGUGAGCCGCUGCAGCGGUCCGAGUGAUAAACCGCUGAUAUAGUGCAGUGCAUAAUUCGCCGUGUGAAAAGUACGUGAUGAUUUUCCGCAAAUAGUGGAUAAAGGCGAACCCACACGCAUACCAGCGCAAAAUAUAUACAUAAAUCGGGCGAAAUUAUAGUGCCCCGGCCGUGGGUGUGUGUGAACAAGCUUCUUAAAGAAUAAUAACAACAACACAACAAUGUCGGCACGUUCCAGCGGCUGUGUGGCCGCUUCGGUCAUUCCCGCCCCCUCGUCUUCCUCUUCCUCGGCGGGCGGCGGCGACGUGCCACGCCCCCCGCCCCGCAGGAGGGCCGCCUCUGUUGCAGGACAACAGCAAUCGCGCCAGGAAUUCGGCAACGGACACACGCCACGUCGAUCGUUGGCAGCAGUGAACGACUCUGGCGACUCGUGUCACCUGCGAAUCGUUGUGCUCAGCGGCCAGUCGCUGGCCAAAAAGGAUAUAUUCGGCGCCAGCGAUCCGUAUGUCAGAAUCGAUUUGAACACAAUCAACGGUGAUAUAAAUAUUGACUCUGUUUUGACAAAGACCAAAAAGAAGACACUGAAUCCAAUCUGGAACGAAGAGUUUAUAUUUAGAGUUAAACCGUCUGAGCAUAAGCUUGUCUUUCAAGUGUUUGACGAGAAUCGCCUGACACGCGACGACUUUCUGGGCAUGGUGGAGCUGACCCUGGUGAAUUUGCCCACGGAGCAGGAGGGCCGCACCAUCGGAGACCAAAGCUACACUCUGCGCCCGCGCAGGUCAGUAGGCAGCGCCAAAUCCCGCAUCAAGGGCACCCUGCGCAUCUACCAUGCCUUUAUCCGGGAGACGCGGGAGCAGAGCGAGCCGUCCAGCGGCAACAGCGACGGCGAGUGGGAGCACGUGGAGGCCACCAAUGCCGGCGAGACCUCGUCGCAGCCGCACCCCUUUCCCACUGGCGGCCACGACGCCCUGCCCGCUGGCUGGGAGGAGCGCCAGGAUGCCAAUGGGCGCACGUACUAUGUGAAUCACACGGCAAGGACGACGCAAUGGGAGCGACCUACUAUCUUAACGAGCAACAGUAGCCAGUCCACUGACCAGCUGGGCUCGGAUUUCCAGAGACGUUUUCACAUCAGCGUGGACGAAACGGAGUCAGGACGUUCGGCGGACACCAUCAGUCGGAAUAGUUUAGAGGACAAUAACAAUGUUGCUGGCUUAGCAACGACACCAUCAACAGAGGCAACCACACCCACAACGAUCUCACCACCCAACACACCAACAAACAACAAUGGAUUUGCCAUGUUACAUGGCCAAGAGGGCGUACAGACGGACCCAACUGUGGACCAUACCAGUUUUGUUUACAAUUCCCUGCGACAUCCUGUCGCCCAUAGGCCGCCCGAAAUCUCGGCGACCAGUUUGCAGAACGACCUGCGGCCGGUGCGAGAGGCGCCUGAGUUGCCGGAUGUGGCCAUAACCAAUCUUUUGACGCGGCGGGCCGCGGGCAACAUGGCCGACGGUCUGGGACGACAUCAGCAGCGGCGGCGACAGCAGAUGCAACUGCACAUCCAGCAGCAUCAGCAGCGGCAACAGCAGCAGCAGCACCAGAAUAGAAUAUUGCUUGAUGUGGAUCAUCGCCAGCCGGAGCUGCAACAUCGGGGGCAACGACACCAGCAACUUCAGUUGCACCAGCAACAUCAGCCAUCGAAUGAAGACACCGAUCACACAGACAGCCACAAUCCCUCCGACAUCUCAGCUCCGUCCACCCGACGCAAUUCCGAGGAAGACAACGCGGCUGUGCCUCCAAUGGAACAAAAUGCUGGUGGCGAGGAGGAACCCCUGCCACCGCGCUGGUCGAUGCAGGUAGCCCCUAACGGCAGGACGUUCUUCAUUGACCACGCAUCCCGGCGGACUACCUGGAUUGAUCCCCGCAACGGAAGGGCCAGCCCUAUGCCAAAUCAGACGCGUCGCGUCGAGGACGACCUAGGUCCCUUGCCCGAGGGCUGGGAGGAGCGGGUGCACACCGAUGGACGCGUGUUCUAUAUAGAUCAUAACACGCGAACCACGCAGUGGGAGGAUCCUCGCUUGUCCAAUCCAAACAUUGCCGGACAGGCUGUGCCCUACUCCCGAGAUUACAAGCAGAAAUACGAGUAUUUCAAGAGUCAUAUUAGAAAGCCUACCAAUGUACCAAAUAAAUUUGAAAUACGUAUUCGCCGUACAUCGAUUCUGGAGGAUUCUUACAGAAUUAUCAGUUCGGUAACCAAGACCGAUUUACUAAAGACUAAAUUAUGGGUGGAGUUUGAGGGAGAAACUGGGUUAGAUUACGGAGGCCUUGCUAGGGAAUGGUUCUAUUUACUAUCGAAAGAAAUGUUCAAUCCGUACUAUGGGCUCUUUGAGUACUCGGCCAUGGACAACUAUACGCUGCAGAUAAACAAUGGCAGCGGUUUGUGCAACGAGGAGCAUUUAAGUUACUUCAAAUUCAUCGGCCGCAUUGCGGGCAUGGCUGUGUAUCAUGGAAAACUGCUGGAUGCCUUCUUUAUUCGUCCAUUCUACAAGAUGAUGCUGCAGAAGCCCAUUGACCUGAAGGACAUGGAGUCUGUAGACACGGAAUACUACAACUCGCUAAUGUGGAUCAAGGAGAACGAUCCGCGCAUCCUGGAACUGACUUUCUGCCUGGAUGAGGACAUACUUGGCCAGAAGAGUCAGCACGAACUGAAGCCAGGCGGCGCCAACAUAGACGUGACCAAUGAAAACAAGGAUGAAUACAUCAAACUGGUUAUUGAAUGGCGUUUUGUGGCACGUGUCAAGGAGCAGAUGUCGUCCUUCCUGGACGGCUUUGGAUCGAUUAUCCCCCUGAAUCUUAUUAAAAUAUUCGAUGAGCACGAGCUGGAGCUGCUGAUGUGCGGCAUACAGAACAUCGACGUGAAGGACUGGCGCGAGAAUACUCUGUACAAGGGCGACUAUCACAUGAAUCACAUAAUCAUACAGUGGUUCUGGCGGGCGGUGCUCUCAUUCUCCAACGAGAUGCGUUCCCGCCUGCUGCAGUUUGUGACAGGCACAUCGCGCGUGCCAAUGAACGGUUUCAAGGAGCUGUACGGCUCCAAUGGCCCCCAGAUGUUUACCAUCGAGAAAUGGGGCACGCCCAAUAACUUUCCAAGGGCACAUACCUGUUUUAACCGCCUGGACCUGCCGCCCUACGAAGGCUACCUGCAGCUGAAGGACAAACUGAUCAAGGCCAUCGAGGGCAGUCAAGGAUUUGCCGGAGUUGAUUAAUAACACCGGCAACGGGAGUGAAAGCGAAUGGCUUUGGCUGGAGGUGCAGCAACAGUUUCAGCAGCGCCGGGAGGAGGAGCAGCUACAACGAUUCCACACAUCACAUGAACCACAAGAUCAACAACAACGACUUGAGCAGCAGCAGCAGCGAAAUCAGCGGCACAACCGCAACCUCAUUGCAUCCACUUGGAGCAGCACCGCCAGCAGAUCGUGUACUUAUUUGUUCGUUUGCUUUUGUAUUAUAAUCAUUUUUGCUAGUUUAGUGUUAUUUCGUAUGUAUUUUAACUAGGCGCCAAAACUCACACACAACACUUACACCUUAUACAAGCAGAUGAGAGAAGGAUUCAAAUAAAGCUGCGCAUGGUGAGCCACAAAACCUAACAAAGAGUCCAAAUUAUAUAUAAAUAUAUUUAUUACAUUGCCGACAAUUGUAAAAAGUUUAGAACAUUUUACAAACUAAGUGAGAUGAGAAGAAUCCAACUAACUAUUAAAUCUAUAGAGUCAAAAGUAUAUCUUGUAUGUAUGCAGAGAAACCUUUUUAUAAUUGUUAUUUUUAUGCGCUAUUCCUCUAUACAUGCCCACAGCAAAUACCUAACGGCGAAAAAUUGAAAAAAAAAUGCAAGUUAAUAUUUGUAAUCUGAUGGAUGCAUAUUUUUAAAAAAUUAAAUUUUCUAUUCUGUAUAAUUGUAUGUGUAUUCGUAAUAAUAAUAAUGUUAGUCCGUAAAAGUCGCUCUUUACUAUUUAAUAAAAAGACAAACAUCAAAUAUAUAUAAAAAAGAAGCCUAUAAACUAAAACCUUAAAAAUGCAAUCAAUGUAUAUUGUAUAAAUGUUAAUUAUACACACAUUCCAAAUGUUUAUUGCGAAAGAGAAACUCUGCAAAUGGAGGCCUAUAUAAUAAUAUGAUUAUUGACCGAUCAAAAGUCAAUCAAAAUUAAAUUUUAAAGUCAAAGAAUGGUAAAGAAAGCUGGACUGGAAUUUCUGUUUCGAAGUCAGAUAGAAAAGCGACAUAAAGAAAAUGAAUGCCAAUAAAAGAGGUUAAAGUUAAGUAAUUCAAA